AUGGCUGACCAUAGCUCACCGGAUUACAAGAGCCUUCUGCAGCGAGCACAGGAGUUACUUCGGCAAGCGGAAGACCGAGAACAACGGGAAACAGAACUACGCAGGCAGGAAGCAGAGUUACGCAAGCAAGCGGAAGACCGAGAACAACGAGAAGCAGAGCUACGCAGGCAAGCAGAAGAUCGAGGGCAACGGGAAGCAGAGCUACGAAGGCAGGAAGCAGAGUUACGCAAGCAAGCGGAAGACCGAGAACAACGGGAAGCAGAACUACGUAGGAAGGCAGAAACACAAACCCAACCAACAACUUUUCGAGAGUUUGUCCAAGCUUGUCAUGAGCUGUUUUCCCAACAAAUAGAAGUUGGCACGCCAACUAAAUCGACAAAGGGACAUAUUCCGGCUCCAUCUGGAAAGUACUGCCCAACGCGACUUCGCCUUUGGUCAGAAUGUCCAUCUCAGCAGCGAGAGAUCUACAAUACUGUCUGUGAUUACCUACAGCCGGCGGGAAGGGAACCUGCUCGAUUGUUUGCAUCCCUUACCGAAUUACAUGGCCUGAGUCGACGUUUCUCUCGCCGAGUGCUCAGAAGUGAAAAGGACCUAGAGAGCUACGAGCGUUUUGCCGUGGAAGACCACGUCCAUGAUAUCAUAGCAGAGCUGUGCAAAAUACCAGCUGCCCAAGAGAGAUUCCGGCUCGGCAACGGGGUUGAAUUUGACAACCACGCGCAUACUCUGGACGAUUCUGAAGAUGCUGAUGAAGAAGUGUUGGAUAGAUCAAACUCACGACAUCCGAGGGCUGAUCAAUUCUGUAUCCAUCGAGUUGACGGCACCACCAACAUCUUGCUCACGACGGUGGAGUACAAACCACCGCACAAGCUAUCUGUUGAGAACCUCCGAAAGGGUCUACGGCCGAUGGAAUUUUGGGAAGAAGUCGUCAACCGGAAUGAGAUCCCCGUGGAGAAGAAUGCAAAGCUAAUAUACAACGCGGAACAGCUAGCGAAUUCGGUCUUGGCUCAAGAAUAUCAUGUGAUGAUCCAGGAAGGACUUGAAUACUCCUAUAUAACUAAUGGCCUGGCCUUAGUUCUUCUCCACGUUCCAUAUGACGAUCCCAGUACUCUCUAUUAUUUCCCAUGCGAGCCGAACAUGGAGGUAAAUGUGGACGAUUCUGCUAGUUUCCAGCAGCCUACAACGACAAUUGGCAGGGUGUUAUGUCUCUGUUUGAUGAGUUUCCAAUCUCAAAUCCGAGAUCAGACGUGGCGUAAUGCGGCUCGAUCCCAGCUACAUAUAUGGAAGACCAGCUUCGACCAUACGCGCUCACAGAUACCUGAUGACGAAUUGCAGGAAGCCCCGCCGGAUUCAGAGUAUCCGAGCUCAGAAUUCACCGGCUCCGAAUACUUGCCAUCCUCCCCAUUAGAGUCGACUUCUGUGCAAACCCGUCGAAUCUCUUCCCGAUCUCGAGGCACAUGCGUGGACCUUGAAGUUUCUCAGACGGAAUCGAUGGACUCGUCUGAUUCCGAUACAAACCCAGCAGCUCAUGGCCGAAAGCGAGGCUUCAGUCAAAUUAUGUCCUCUCCGUCAAGUCAACGUUCAGCAACACGUCCAGCUGACUCGACUCCCCCUAGUGACCAACGCCAACAGCACACAUCACGUUUCUGUACACAGCGAUGUCUGCUGGGUCUCCAACAAAAGGGCGCACUCGAUGAUUCCUGUCCGAAUGUUCAUCUUCAUCGCCAUGGCCAUCAGGGCAACCGGCACCGUAUCGACACUAACACACUGGUUCAAAUGCUAAAGGACCAGCUCGAUCAGGAUCUUGACCACAACUGUACACCGUUCGGAGAUUGUGGAUCGUAUGGCGCCCCGUUCAAGAUUACAUGCGCUGCAUAUGGCUACACACUAGUUGGAAAGGGGACCACGGACAAACUCUGGAAGGAAGUUUCUCGUGAAGCAGAAGUAUACCAGGUUCUUCGGAAGGUACAGGGGCUUGCAGUCCCGGUGUUCCUGGGAGCUAUUGAUCUGAAAAUGACCUACUUCCUCCAUGGAGCUGGAGAAAUCCGGCAUAUGCUACUGAUGGCGUGGGGGGGAAGGGAAAUGGGGACGGGCGAGAGAUUGACUGAGAUCUCAAGGUCGACGGCACUUAUCCGUAAACUCGGGGUAUUGCAUGGCGAUUUGCGACUUCAAAACAUCUUAUGGAAUGAUGAACUCGGUCGGGUCAUGAUCAUAGAUUUCCAUCGAUCUGAAAUCCGGCGCCAACUGAUCGGAGAACGCGUCCAUUCUUCAAAAAGGUCACGUGAUAUCCAUGAUACUGGGCACUCUAAACGUCGUCGUCUGCUUUACACAUGA